UUGAUCUAUUUGGUGAUGUGUACUAGCGAUUUAAAUAGUUAUUAGAAAGUUUUAUAAAUAUUCUUUAAUUUCCUUACUUCAGCAUUGUGCAUUUAAUAAAAGGUCAAAAUGAACUACAAUCCAAAUGCUGGGAUCCGGAAUCGUAAGUCGGAAUACUCUCAAGGUCCAUCCCGCAAGCCAAAGCGUGUUAGUGAUGUGAAUGCUAUGGGACCAGCAGCACCGGUAACCGCUCCCCUGCCUUAUAUGCAACCAUCAGCUGGACCGGCAAUGCAAGAUCCCACAGUCGGAUUAACAACUGGCUAUGGUAUAAACGCACAGCAACCAGCUGUUAGUGUGGGAGGUUUCGACAACAGUGCAGCGCCAGUACAAAGCGCAAAUUACAACUAUGUGACACCUCCCACUUCUCAACAUUUUGCGUUUGCUGGUGGUCCAAACGUGCAGCCNGCGCAAGCACAAUUUCAAGCUGGUAUGCCACAGUUUGCGAUGUUCCAACAGCCAAUUGUACAAGAUAUGGCCAUGCAAUAUGGUCAACGUUUAGCAGAUCAAGGCAAACAGAUGGUUGAAAAUCAGUUUGAGAAAUGGGUGUCCGUCGCGAAAUUGAAAUAUUACUUUGCCGUGGACAACAAAUAUGUCAUCAAUAAAUUACGUUUACUGUUCUUCCCCUUCACGCAUAGGGAUUGGUCACUGAAAUACGAUCAAGAGAAUCCUGUACAGCCACGCUACGACAUCAAUGCGCCAGAUCUUUAUAUUCCUGCGAUGGCCUAUAUAACGUACGUGGUUGUUGCUGGUCUCAUGCUGGGUAUGCAGAAUCGUUUUUCGCCGGAGCAACUCGGUAUACAAGCAUCAAGCGCCUUAGCCUACUGUAUUUUUGAGUUGGUGGUUUAUUCGAUCACUCUCUAUGUGGUCAAUAUAAAAACAAGUUUAAGAACACUUGAUUUGCUCUCAUUUGCUGGUUACAAAUUUGUUAUAAUAGUAGCAUGCCUUUUGGUAAGCACACUGUUCCAUGGUGUUGGCUAUUAUGUGGCCCUUUUAUACACGAGUCUUACAUUGGGCUUCUUUUUGCUACGUACACUGAAAACUAAAGUGCUGCACGAUGCGACACCAGCCAGUAGUGGCGCCAUCAACUAUGAUCCCUACGGCAAUCCACAGCAACUUGAUUAUACUGGUGGACGAAAACGGAAACUGUAUUUUCUAUUUCUUAUUGUCGGCGGCCAAGCCUUCUUAUCAUUUUUGUUAUCGAAACACUUGUAUUUGCCGGAUGCUGCUACGUUAGAAGUUAGAAAUACACAAUAUUAAUACUUAAUCGUGUUUAUUUUAUUACGAGCGAGCGAGGCAUAUAUAUAAAGCUCCCCCAUUUUUCGAAAACUUGGUUUAUUUGCUUGUUAUAAGAAAAUCUUUGAAAUAUUUUGUAUGAAUUUAAAAUAUGAACGGCGUUAUACAUAUGUAUGCAAUAAAGAGGGUAUUAUUGUAUUGAAA